UAUCAUCCGAGUUCACCGUUGCCCUAGCCUGGUUCACUUCGUCCGUUCCGCGACGCUUGCAGCCUCCCCUCCCCCACCCAUGACGAACUCGCCAAAAGGGGGAAAACCUACGGAAACCGUCCCUAAAAAUUUCCCGAUUCGAGCAUCCUCCUCCAUUCCUGCCGCCGAGUCGUCGCCUCCAGUCGGAUCUAUACGCCGGCCUGAGGUCUCCUCGACGCGCCCCGUCUUUCGAUCUAUUUGAGCGCUCCUCGCAGCGAUGGAUCCGCGGGCGAGGUACCCUCCCGGCAUCGGGAACGGCCGCGGUGACAACCCUAGCUACUACGGCCGCGGCCCGCCGCCACCGCAGCAGCAUCACCAGCAGCCGCCACCGCCUUCGCAUGCGCACCACCAGCAGUACGUGCAGCAGCAGCCGCAGCCCCCGCAGCACCACAACCAGCAGCAGUGGCUUCGUCGGAACCAGAUCGCUGGCGCGGCCGUGGGAGCCAGCGCGCAGAGGGCGCCGCCUGCCGCUGACGGCAUCGAUUCAAGUUCACAAGAUUGGAAGGCCCAACUGAAGCUUCCACCUACAGAUACACGUUACAGGACAGAGGAUGUUACUGCAACUAAGGGAAAUGAAUUCGAAGACUAUUUCCUGAAACGUGAACUACUUAUGGGGAUAUAUGAGAAAGGAUUUGAAAGGCCUUCUCCUAUCCAAGAAGAAAGCAUUCCUAUUGCAUUAACUGGUAGUGACAUUCUUGCAAGAGCGAAAAAUGGAACUGGCAAAACAGCUGCAUUUUGUAUACCUGCACUAGAAAAAAUUGAUCAAGACAAAGAUGCUAUUCAAGUUGUCAUAUUGGUUCCCACAAGGGAGCUGGCUUUACAAACUUCACAAGUCUGCAAAGAACUUGGGAAACACUUGAAGAUUCAAGUAAUGGUCACUACUGGAGGAACCAGCCUAAAGGAUGAUAUUAUUCGUCUUUAUCAACCUGUUCAUUUACUUGUUGGGACACCUGGUCGCAUUUUGGACCUUACAAAGAAAGGCAUUUGCAUUCUGAAGGAUUGUUCGAUGCUUAUAAUGGAUGAGGCAGACAAGCUUCUUUCUCCUGAAUUCCAACCUUCUAUUGAGCAGUUGAUUCGAUACCUUCCAUCGAAUCGGCAGGUUUUGAUGUUCUCAGCAACAUUUCCUGUGACUGUCAAGGAAUUCAAGGACAAAUUUCUGCCUAAACCUUAUGUUAUUAACCUUAUGGAUGAACUUACGCUUAAGGGAAUUACUCAGUUCUAUGCUUUUGUUGAAGAAAGGCAGAAAGUUCAUUGUCUUAAUACUCUCUUUUCCAAGCUGCAAAUUAACCAAUCAAUAAUAUUCUGUAAUUCUGUAAAUCGUGUUGAACUGUUGGCAAAGAAGAUUACGGAGAUUGGUUACUCUUGCUUCUACAUCCAUGCUAAAAUGCUGCAAGACCAUCGUAAUAGGGUUUUUCAUGAUUUCCGCAAUGGUGCAUGUAGGAACCUUGUGUGUACAGAUCUUUUUACAAGGGGAAUAGAUAUCCAAGCUGUAAAUGUUGUUAUCAACUUUGAUUUCCCCAAGAACUCAGAAACAUAUCUUCACAGGGUUGGUAGAUCUGGGAGAUUUGGCCACCUUGGUCUGGCUGUGAAUUUGAUUACCUAUGAGGAUCGCUUCAACUUGUAUCGGAUUGAGCAAGAACUUGGAACAGAGAUAAAACCAAUACCUCCUCAGAUAGACCGAGCUAUAUAUUGUCAAUAGUGAUUGGACAGAGUCAUCUUGUAUCCCACUCUCUGGAAGUAAUAAGACAGCUUGUGUAAAUAUCAGCACACCAGGUUGCAUUCCAUUUUCUCUUAUGAUAUAUUUUAACCCAAAGUUGCAUGGUGCGUGGGGCACUACCUGGUGGCAUGUAGCCAAACUCAUCUAUAUUCGACUCAGUGAUGUGACAUUAGUUAAUGUUGCUAAAAAGACUUGUUCCCAGGCUGUUUUCUCUAAGUUUGUCAGAUGUCUUGUGUUCGGCAAUGUAUCGGCGGGCCGUUUCUACAGGACAUUUUAACCGUGUUACCUUCUGCAUUGUUACCCUGGCGCAAACAAAUGGAUCAUUCCACCUGAGCGGCUGAGCCGUGCAGUGUCCACAUGCAGUGUCAAACUAUAGAUCUUGGACGCACUAUUAGAUUUUCAUUAUCCAACAUUUUGUAUUUACAUCACUAUAUGCAUUCUGAUAUGGCAGUCUUGUGAUAUCUAGAUUGGGUUGAUGUACUAGAGUGUUUACCCGGAUCAGGAUUUUCGUUUCCUUUUUUUUCGACUUUUAUUGUGGUUCUGUACUCCCUGCUGAUCCUCUGUUUUCCUUGGGGAUGAAAAAAAGUAGGCCCCCGAAUAGUUGGUUGGAUUUUGCA